AUGGACAGCAGGGAUAAAGAAGGCGUUGAGAUGACAACAGCUGCACCGAUAUCACAGCCUCCACUGCGGCCUGCCGCCCACAGAGUCAACAGCUUAACACGUAUUCAGGGAAGUUCGGAGGGUAAGGAGUUGUGGAGAACCUCUUGCCCGUCGGCUCCUCCGUACCAGCAAAGUUUGAGUCUAGAAAGUGGGCCCUCACUUAGUUCUUCCUCUUCCGGUGAAAAUAUGAUGGAGCAAGAUAUGCGCACAAUGGAAGGGAAGCCAGGAGACGGGGAUUCGGAGGAGGAGGGGCCAAGCGGCGACAGGCAGAACGUGACUUCAGAGGUUCUAGGGGCCGUAAACACUACCACCAAUUCUUCAUUCUUUGACGAUUACGCCAGCAGUUGUUUCUUCUCAAAGACCUCCCCCAGCGCCUCUGACUGUCACCUCGGAGCCACAUCAACCACUAGCGGAGAACGCGGUGGCCCUCCGGGGGCCUCGCGGCGCCUUCUCGACCCCAACAGUGCUGGUGAAGAAGAUUAUUUCCCUGUCACAAGGCGACGCCGCGCCUUCAAGCGAAAUAUGCCUGAGUACUUCACCAGAUCAUUUGUUGAAAUGUUCCUCAAAGAAGAUGAAGUCGAAGACUUCAUGAAGCUUGUCGAUCUAGCAGGACACGGGAAAAUAAACCAGCCGAUGUUUAAGAGGGCUGUCGUCUCCAUCUACAAAAUGCGGAAAGCUCUUCUCAAGUCCCUGACGAGUCAGGCCAGCAUUUGCAAGACAGUUCGGCGGAUGAUUUCAGUUGUUUUGUGGGUGGCAACUCUCGUUGCGAUGCUGCUGGUCUUCGGAGUCAACCUGAACACCGUCCUCGUCUCCGGCGCUGCUUCCAUCUCCGCCCUAGUCGUCGCACUGAGCUACAUUUACCAGAACUUCAUAACAGCUGUGAUAUUCGUGGCGUUUACGAACCCUUACAACGUCGGUGACAGGGUGCGCAUAGACAACGGAGAGGCAAUGUAUGUCCGCAACAUCCACACCUACACCACGGAGUUCGUCACGAUCCACUCCAAACCGAUCGUGUAUAGCAACAGCGUGCUCUUCGGCCGUCAGCUGACCAACGAGUCUCGCGCCACGAACGCCACGUUCUCAAUGCCGAUGCGUCUAGACAUCCGCACGCAGCUACAAUCCCUGCGCUUCUUAGAGGCGGGGAUGCGCAGAGCCAUCGCUGCUCGGCCCAUGGACUUUGUUAAGGACUCCUUCAGCAUUUACAUCACAGACGUGCAACCCGGACGCUAUAUGGAUAUAACUGUUUGGCUUAGCGCAGUUGAAGGGUGGGGUAACGCUCCCAAAGUGUUGCGGCUGCGGACAGACAUGUAUCUUGUGCUGCAACGCCUGUGCCUCCGGUUUGGAAUAUCUUACCAAGAGCCACUGCUGCCUGUGCAACUCAACGGCUCACCGCCUGCAACAGUACCAGCAGCACCUCCUGCGAUAUCCAAUCCUCAGCCACAGCAAACAGGAGCGCCACUCCACCACUUUCACUCGUCAGCAUCUCAUGGGGCGGCAGCAGCAGAUGUUUAUGGGGCUAUGCUAGACUCGGGGAGCUGGGAGCAAGCUGAGGGGCACUACAGAGGCAGCUCACCACGCCAAACCGGCAUGCCGCUACAAGAUCUAAAGGGUUCCCAGGCGGGCAACUCAAGCGGAGGCGGCCAAACUCAGCCCAGUAUUCCAGCCCAGUUCGUAGCAGCCAAGCGUCAGCAACAAACUGCAGCAGCUGGCAUCAAAAGGAGAAAGGAGUCAUCCGUGGAAAGCUUGAGGAGGCCUCAAGAACUCGUCACGGGCUCCACGAAGCAGGCGGGCAACUCAAGCGGAGGCGGCCAAACUCAGCCCAGUAUUCCGGCCCAGUUCGUAGCAGCCAAGCGUCAGCAACAAACUGCAACAGCUGGCAUCAAAAGGAGAAAGGAAUCAUCCGUGGAAAGCUUGAGGAGGCCUCAAGAACUCGUCACGGGCUCCACGAAGCAGCCUGCGAGCAGACCUGUACAGGGAAAGGCACUGCCGAGAAGAAGACGCCGCGUGUCAGUGAUGCGGGACGGCGGCGCAGUUCCCGUUAAGGGGAUUGAGGGACUUUAA